AGGAGGAGGCGGAGGGAGGGAGGAGGAGGAGGCCCCGUCGCGGCCUUCGCCGCCGCCAACGGGGCUGUCCCUGUAGCUCCCGAUGGAGUUUGAGGCCCUGAAACCGCCGCCGAGCUCUGCCCCGGCGAGACGAGGCGCCUCCGUCGCCGAGCCGCGCCGUCGCGGGGCCCCCGGGAGCGGCCCUUAGCGACCCCGCCCGGGCCCCUCAGUACCGGGGAUUGAAUUUAAAGCUUCACAAACAUUAGCUUAAAAAACACUACACAGCAAAAUAAUGAUCUGCUAGUCUGCUAACCCGAGCAUCAGCUUCCACAAUGCCUGUGCAGGCCGCUCAAUGGACAGAGUUUCUGUCCUGUCCAAUCUGCUAUAAUGAAUUUGAUGAGAAUGUGCACAAACCCAUCAGUUUAGGUUGUUCACACACUGUUUGCAAGACCUGCUUGAAUAAACUUCACCGAAAAGCGUGUCCUUUUGACCAGACUGCCAUAAACACAGACAUUGAUGUGCUCCCUGUCAACUUUGCACUUCUUCAGUUAGUUGGAGCCCAGGUACCAGAUCAUCAAUCAAUAAAGUUAAGUAAUCUAGGUGAGAAUAAACACUAUGAAGUGGCAAAAAAAUGUGUGGAGGAUUUGGCACUCUACUUAAAACCACUAAGUGGAGGUAAAGGUGUAGCUAGUUUGAACCAGAGUGCCCUGAGCCGUCCAAUGCAAAGGAAACUAGUUACACUUGUAAACUGUCAACUGGUGGAGGAAGAAGGUCGUGUCAGAGCUAUGCGAGCGGCCCGUUCACUAGGAGAAAGAACUGUGACAGAACUGAUACUGCAGCACCAGAACCCUCAGCAGCUGUCUGCCAACCUGUGGGCUGCUGUCAGGGCUCGAGGAUGCCAGUUUCUAGGGCCAGCUAUGCAAGAAGAAGCCUUGAAGUUAGUAUUGCUGGCAUUAGAAGAUGGUUCUGCUCUCUCUAGGAAAGUUCUGGUACUUUUUGUUGUGCAAAGACUAGAACCAAGAUUUCCUCAGGCAUCAAAAACAAGUAUUGGCCAUGUUGUGCAGCUACUGUACCGAGCUUCUUGUUUUAAGGUUACUAAAAGGGAUGAAGACUCUUCCCUGAUGCAGCUGAAGGAGGAAUUUCGGAGUUAUGAGGCACUACGCAGAGAACAUGAUGCCCAAAUUGUUCAUAUUGCCAUGGAAGCAGGACUCCGUAUUUCACCUGAGCAGUGGUCUUCACUGCUAUAUGGGGACUUGGCUCAUAAAUCACACAUGCAGUCUAUCAUUGAUAAGCUACAGUCUCCAGAAUCAUUUGCAAAGAGUGUCCAAGAAUUGACAAUUGUUUUGCAACGAACAGGUGACCCCGCUAAUUUAAAUAGACUGAGGCCUCAUUUAGAGCUUCUUGCAAACAUAGACCCUAAUCCAGAUGCUGUUUCACCAACUUGGGAGCAACUGGAAAAUGCAAUGGUAGCUGUUAAAACAGUGGUUCAUGGUCUUGUGGACUUCAUACAAAAUUAUAGUAGGAAAGGUCAUGAGACACCCCAGCCACAGCCAAACAGCAAGUAUAAAACUAGUAUGUGCCGAGAUUUACGACAACAAGGGGGUUGUCCACGAGGAACAAAUUGUACAUUUGCCCAUUCUCAGGAAGAGCUUGAAAAGUACCGAUUAAGGAACAAAAAGAUGAGCGCGACUGUAAGAACAUUUCCUCUUCUGAAUAAAGUUGCUGUAAACAGCACUGUCACAACCACAGCCGGAAAUGUCAUUUCUGUCAUAGGAAGUACUGAAACAACUGGGAAAAUUGUUCCAAGUACAAAUGGAAUUUCAAAUACAGAAAGCAGUGUUUCCCAGCUAAUCCCACGAAGUGCUGACAGUGCAGGAAGGACUUUGGAGACUGUGAAGAAAGUUGGGAAAGUUGGCACUAAUGGUCAGAAUGCUGGGCCCUCUGCAGAGUCUGUGUCUGAAAAUAAAAUUGGUUCUCCACCCAAGACUCCUGUAAGUAAUGCAGCAGCUACCUCCGCUGGGCCCUCUAAUUUUGGAACAGAGCUGAAUUCCCUGCCUCCCAAAUCCAGCCCAUUUCUAACUCGAGUUCCAGUAUAUCCUCAGCAUUCUGAAAACAUCCAGUAUUUUCAAGAUCCAAGGACUCAGAUACCUUUUGAAGUCCCACAAUACCCACAAACAGGAUACUACCCACCACCUCCAACGGUACCAGCUGGUGUGACUCCCUGUGUUCCUCGCUUUGUGAGGUCCAAUAAUGUUCCAGAGUCCUCCCUCCCACCUGCUUCCAUGCCAUAUGCUGAUCAUUACAGUACAUUUUCCCCUCGAGAUCGAAUGAAUUCUUCUCCUUACCAACCUCCUCCUCCGCAGCAGUAUGGACCAGUUCCUCCAGUACCCUCUGGGAUGUAUGCUCCUGUAUAUGACAGCAGGCGCAUCUGGCGCCCAGCUAUGUACCAACGAGAUGACAUUAUUAGAAGCAAUUCUUUACCUCCAAUGGAUGUGAUGCACUCAUCUGUCUAUCAGACAUCUUUACGGGAAAGAUACAACUCAUUAGAUGGUUAUUAUUCCGUGACUUGUCAGCCACCAAAUGACCCAAGGACAACUGUGCCUUUACCAAGGGAACCUUGUGGUCAUUUGAAGAGCAGUUGUGAGGAACAGUUAAGAAGAAAGCCAGAUCAGUGGGCACAGUAUCAUACCCAGAAGACACCUGUCUCUUCAACUCUUCCUGUGGCAACACAGUCACCAACACCACCUUCUCCUUUGUUCAGUGUAGACUUCAGAUCGGAUUUCUCUGAGAGUGUGAGUGGCACAAAAUUUGAGGAAGACCAUCUUUCCCAUUAUUCUCCCUGGUCUUGUGGCACUAUAGGCUCUUGUAUAAAUGCCAUUGAUUCAGAGCCCAAAGAUGUAAUUGCCAAUUCAAAUGCUGUGCUGAUGGACCUGGACAGUGGUGAUGUAAAGAGAAGAGUGCAUUUAUUUGAAGCUCAGAGAAGGACAAAAGAAGAAGACCCAAUUAUUCCCUUUAGUGACGGACCCAUUAUCUCAAAAUGGGGUGCGAUUUCCCGAUCCUCCCGAACAGGUUACCAUACAACAGAUCCCGUCCAGGCAACUGCUUCCCAAGGAAGUGCAACUAAGCCCAUCAGUGUAUCAGAUUAUGUCCCUUAUGUUAAUGCUGUCGAUUCAAGGUGGAGUUCAUAUGGUAACGAUGCCACAUCAUCAGCACACUAUAUUGAACGGGACAGAUUCAUUGUUACUGAUUUAUCUGGUCAUAGAAAGCACUCCAGUACCGGAGACCUUUUGAGCCUUGAGCUUCAGCAGGCCAAGAGUAACUCAUUACUUCUUCAGAGGGAAGCUAAUGCUCUGGCCAUGCAACAAAAGUGGAAUUCCCUGGAUGAAGGCCGUCAUCUUACUUUAAAUCUCCUAAGCAAGGAAAUUGAACUGAGAAAUGGAGAGAAUGAUUACACAGAAGACACUGUAGAUACCAAGCCUGAUAGAGAUAUUGAGUUAGAACUUUCAGCCCUUGAUACUGAUGAGCCUGAUGGCCAAAGUGAACAAAUUGAAGAAAUUCUGGACAUACAACUUGGUAUCAGUUCUCAAAAUGAUCAGUUGCUAAAUGGAACUGCAGUGGAAAAUGGUCAUCCUGUCCAGCAGCACCAAAAGGACCCCGUAAAGCAGAAGAGACAGAGUUUAGGUGAAGACCAUGUGAUUCUGGAGGAGCAAAAACCAAUUCUGCCGGUAACAUCUUGCUUUAGCCAGCCACGCCCAGUGUCUAUUAGCAGUGCAAGCUGCCUCCCCAUCACCACAUCUGUCAGUGUUGGCAACCUCAUUCUGAAAACUCACGUUAUGUCUGAAGAGAAAAACGACUUUUUAAAACCUAUUGCAAAUGGGAAGAUGGUUAACAGCUGAAAGGAGGCUCAUCUUUCAAAUCUGUGACCACAUCAUGGAAGCAUUUACACUAGCUUUUUAUAUAUAUAAUAUAUAUUAUAUAAUGUAUAUUUUUUUUAAAAAAAAGAUAUUACUGGGGGCAUCCAUUUCCUGUGGACUCUUUGAUACUUCAAGCCCUCUUGCAUUAGCAUUAUGAAAAAAAAUGAAGAUUUACUUUACUAGGGUAAUGUUCACUUUCCAGAAAUUAUUGGAAUUUGGACAACAUUUAACUUAAGCUUCAAGCAGCUUUUUAUGAGUUUGUAGCAAUCCGGUGCAGUAACUGAGCCAUUUCCUAUUUUAAAUGGCUUCUACAGUAAAUUAACAACUCAGUUAUUAAACUAGCAGGAUCCUACAGUGAUACAUCUAGUGAAAGUAGAGUUAAUUAACUAACUUAUUUCUAUUUUAUGUUUCACCGAGAGAAGUUUCCAUCUCAUUCCAGCUGCUUUCUUUAUCUUUUUCACUGGACUUUGCAUGGAUUUUUCUUUCUUUUUUUUUUUCUUUUUCUUUCUUUUUUUUUUUUUUUUUUUUUUUUUUUUGAGUGGAGUUAGAUGUUCUUACCAUAGAGUUUUACAGGGUUAUAUAAUAGCUUUUUUUACUGCAUUAUAUGUAGAAGUGUGGUGCAGUGCUUUUAUCUGUAGCAUUUAGUUUUUUAAUUUUCCAUUUUUCAAGAAUAGUUUCUGCUUUGUUAAUAUUUAUACACAGGCUACUUGUUGAAGUAAUUAAUUAAAAAUAUAACCAAGUGCCUAAGUCUUUCAGCUGAUGUACUAGAUAUUAAAUUCUCCUAAGUUAUGCAGAAUCGUUUUUACAAUUUUGAUAAAUUAUGCACUAAUUUAAUGGCAAUUUUUUUAAAAUGCAGAUUUAAGCCUGUACAUUAUUGAAUCUGAUGACUUGGCAAAAGAAUCAGGUGCUUUCAGCUUUCUUGAGAAAACCCUGUAUGUAGCGUUUGCACUGACUAACAAGAUGGUAUUGCUGGGUCUUUAAUUUAAAGAAAUUAAUUUGGGUGUUUGUUGCAUUAUUUUAGUUAGAUAUUGUUUAUUGUUACUUCAUGUUGGGUUUAAUUUUUUUUUGUUUUCUGACUGUUAAGUUGAUAAGACUUUGAACCAUGUAGUAGUAGAAUAUUGGCUAACAUUACCCAUAGUUAAAAACAUGAAUAAUUUCUGCCCUGCCAUAAUGUGACUGAAGUUUUCACUUGGCAUCUGAAGUAUGCAGUAUGUUCAACGUGUUCAACCAGCCCUGCCCCAGAGGUGUGGGUGGUAGUUUAUUGAAGCUGAAAUUUCAGUCAGUAUUUAAAAACUGGGCUUUCCUUUCUGGUAGUAAUCUAAUAGUUUGUCUUUUUGUUUUUCCUCCAUUUCUUUAAGAUUAGUUUGACUUUUAUUAUUUUUUAAUUAACUUCUGUGAAGUUGUUUACUCUGAAAAUUGUACUGGAAUAUUUUAAGCCAAGCUGAUCUUUCACCAGGUGUACUGUAUGUAAGGGCUUCUCCUGCUAGCAAGAUGCUUAAACAGGAUCAUGUUAUUGGUCGUCUGAGCUAUUUAGUUAUUUUACAAAAACCACAGCAUUGUAUCAGAGAAGAUUUUGAUAAAAGUUUUGUGCACAUUUCCAGGGGUGGGAGGGUUAACAUUUCCCUGAAAUUUCUUGAUUGGAAUGAGUAAAUACUGGUGUUUGAUACCUGUCUUAAUGAACAUGCUCAUAAGGUGACUGAUACGUUGUAAAUAAUACCUGAGAAACAAAGGGGUAGUUUUGAUAUUCUGGUGUCAGUAUGGAAGAUCUUACACAUUUAUUUAAUACUCAAGUGUAUGGAGAUGUUUGUUUAUAACAUAACAGCACAGUAGCCUCGACUUAGUUUCCUUUGGUUAGUACUGUACCUUUUUGCCAUGGCCAGUGCUCCCCAUCCCUACAAAGACAUUUUAUUUAUUUCACUCUGUAACCUGAAAUGAAGAGGAACAAGAGUUUUAAACCAUGUUACAUUAACUUAUUUCUGACAUUAUAAAUUAGCCUAGGGUAUUACAGGAACAUGAUUAUUAUAUAAUUUAUAUCAGAACCUUUCUAUAAAUAUGAGCUUAUUACAUUUGAAAUGCUUCCAAUGUACUUUUUUUCUUUUUCUUUUUUUUUUUUUUUCUGUUUGUAAUUCCAAAAGGUUAUGUAAACCAGUCUGUCUAUUUCAUGGAUAUUUAAUAGUGAGAUCUUCCAUGUUGAAGGUAAUGUAUUUUUUUUUAAGAUUUUAAAAUUGCUAUUUUGUUACAAAAUAGAGACCUAUUAACAGUUGAGAGCUCCUUAUGUGCCCUCAGGGAAAGAGCCCUCUGUGCAACAAAACUACACGAACAUCUUCAGCACUUUCUGAGGGUGAUUAUAUACUACAUAAAUUGAUCUUGUGUAUUUAACCUUAUCUUUUUAAUUUUAAAGUUGAGAUUUUGAAACGUGGUUGUGCUCUGCUGGAGGGGUUGGGAUGCUUAGGUGUUUGCCUACUUGUUCAGUAAACUACAUUUCAUCAGUGGAUGUGUACACCUGCCAACUUUAUUGGUGUGUCUCAAACAUUUAUAGUGCUUGUCUUGCAGCAGAUGAUCCCACAAAACAAUAACUUCUCAUUCUUGAAUGUCUACUCUUUCUCACUAACAACAUAGGAAUUGUUUCUGUGUUCACAUUAUUCUGUAUUGCAUCUUUUGUGUGGUGACAGCCUAUUAUCUCUUUUUAGUGAUUUAAUUUGAAAUAAGGCUAUUGGAUCUCUGCCACUUAAGAAAGAACAGUUCAUCUGACCUUUCUUCAAAAUGGUACCUGCUGAUGUCACAGCGGAAAAUAGUACAAAUAGACCUAGAAUGUGGCUUUUUAAAUUGGGGCAAUCAUCUCUUAGACCCUUUAUCGAGAUGGCAUGGAAACAUUUGGGAUUAGAGGCAAUAGAAAGAAACUCUGUAAUGUUGGUAUCUAAACUACUUGUGUUGCCUCUGGGUCUAAUCAGGAAAAAAGUAAUAUGAAGUCUGAAAAGGCAGGGAAAUAGUAUCAGUCUCCUUUUUCUUUUUUUUUUUUUUUUUUAACUUGCCAGUUUUCUGAGUCCCAGUUCCUAGUCUAUGCCACAUUCAGAUGCUGUGAAUAUCAUAGCAUUAGUUCUGUGUGGGCUCCUUUCAUUUUAUGAAUUCUGAGAGUUCUGUCUGUACUUCUAGUUGGUACCUAUACAAAUCAGAUUCUCUUAACUUUGUCACUAUGACUUAUUUCAGUGCCAUGCAACGAGUCAAUGUAUGUGGGGACAGUUGUACAUUGUAAUUUUCAAGAAAAGGUAGCUCUUAAGGCCAGUGGCACUGAUUCUCUGCUUUCAUAGCUACUUACUCUAGUAAGAGAAUUCAAUGAAACUUCAUUAAAAAAAAAAACAAAACAAAAACAAAAACUAAAAAUUUCCCGUUGUAUGGAUCCCAGUCACUUUGACCCAGAUUUCAAGUCGAUGCUAAGUUAACAAAGCACAUCCUGAUUUUAUAUGCAGAAGAUUACAGAAUACAGUAAUUUGUAGGACUUCUGGGUGGGAUCAUUUAACUAUUUGAAAAAAUUGUUUAAAAAUCAUCUACCCAACUUUUGAAUUUUAGAUGUGAUCAAGCCCAUGUUAUCUUUUUAGCCAGGGAUAGAACUUGUAACCAUCAGAUUCAGUAUGCAGUCUCAGCCAUGAAUCUGAGUAUUUCUUCCCUCACAUCUUUGAGUCAUUUUCUAAGCAGAUUGUCACCAGUGUUGGUGACUAAUCUUUAGGGAGAAAAGUUGCAUUGCAGAUAUAUAUUGAUGUCUGAGAACUGUUCUUGUGUUUUAGUGAAUGAAGAGUACCAAUGGGAUCACUUACUGUAACUCCGUCUACUGAAUGGCCCCUUCUGCAAGCAGAACGCAGAUGAACAUGCUCAAGGAGUAUCCCGUUUUCUAGAGAUUAAGUUUGCUAGUAACUCCUUUACACUAGCUAUUUCUUUGUAUCCCUUUGCUGGCAAGGGAGUACAAGGAGUCAAACCACAGAUCGGAACACCCCACAUUUGAGUGGAGACUUAUUUUUACUCUAAGGGGAAUUAUUCCCCCAAGUCUGAAACUGGCAAUUAUUUUUUUUCUCUUACAUAAAAAUUUAAAAAUAUCCCCCAAACCAGUGGAAAACAGACACUGGCUGCACUUAGUACUGCCAAGAGCCAAGGUCAUUUGCAUAUAUUCCAUCAACCUGUCAAGAAUUAGGCCUCACUUUAUAACCCAAGGCAUGGAAGUGCAUGCAAUCUCUUAGCUGGGCAAACAAUUAUACUGUAGUUGUGAUACAACACACGUGGCUUUUAUUUGUACUGCACAUACCCACUGUACAGCCACUUGGGAGUAUCGUGGUUAGCUUGCAGCAACUGCCGUCUGCAUUUAUACUGUUUAUUGCAAAUUCUUUUCCCUGGAAGUGAAAGAAAUGUUUUUCUUGUUGCAUUGAUUACAUUUUAUAAAUUUGCUUAGCUGGAAAGUUUGGGAAAAGAGGCCUGUUUGUCAAUUGUACAACCGAUUGUGAAGCUUAGUGUGAAUAUUUUUACGUCUGUAUUAGACAUUUUCUUUGCAAAUCUAUUGUUCGAUUGAAAUGUAAAUGAAAUUAAAGAUGGUGUACACCCAUCAUGUAAAAAGCAGGCACCAUCUCUAAGAUGGAUUUAAUGCUCAUUUUUAAGGCAUAUACUCAGCUUCUAUUUAAAACUAUAAAAUAAUUCUGUACAAUGAAAUGGGGAAUAUAUAUGGGAAUAAAUUCUAUUCCAUUUAUUUCAAUUUGAAUUUCCAAAUUGUAAUGUUUCCCUUUGUGCUAUAGGAAUAGGAUUAAAUGGGGGAAGGCUAGGACUUAUAAGGCCUGUAUAUGGGGGGAGGGCAGAGAUGGAACAAUGAGGGUUGUGAUGAUAGUGAAUAGCAAAGAGUGAAUUCUGUGUGUUUUUGCUGUAGCACUGAAGUGAAGAGAUAUUAGCUUUGGCUGUUCACAAAAUAGAGCAUCAUGAUUUUCAGUGUUUGAGAGAAAAUUGAUGGAAAAAGUUUGCAGUACUUGACAUGUAUUUGCAUGCACAAAAUAAAAUUAUUUGUCCACCUUAAAAGUUGUUUGCUUAGUGUCAAUGUUAAGUUUAUGGUAUGUUUUAGUUGUCUUGAUUUUCUUGAUAUAUCUUAAUAAAGCUGGAAAGCCACUCCUUAA